AUGGGUUUUACCGAGUCUGAAAAGCCCAAGAUUGACACCACCAACAUCCAGGGUGAUAUUUGGCCCGGCCUUCCAAAAAGGUAUGAGGAGCUAUACUUCUUCACCAUUAAGGAUGAACCGAAGUUUCGAAAUCAUCUGGCUGCAUUCAUCCCCGAGAUCACCACGGCCGAGCAAGCCGUUCAAGACAAGGGGAAAAUCAGACAGCAUAAAAUCGAGAUAGCCAAGGGCAAUAAAGGCCCUGAACUUCUAAGCCUCAGCGGAGUGAACAUCUCUUUUACUAGCAGUGGCAUUGGAAAGCUGGGAAAGCAUGACUUGAAGGCAGGAAACUUCGAGAACGGCAUGCUGGCCGAUCUUCGAAGCGGAGGUCCCGGCGGAGAGGGUCGGGACAACCCAGAAGACUGGGAAGAAAGGUUUAGGAACCCAAGCCCCAAGAAACCCAUUGAUGGCGUAAUUCUGGUAACAGGAGAGUCUCGCGCUUCUGUCUAUACCAAGCUCCAUCGGGUGAUCUACCACUUCGUGGGAAUUCUUCCCUGGAAUUCGAGCAUCGAGGGUUUAUUCACCGUUAAAGGGAAUGUCAGGGACGGUGAGAACAAGGGGAAAGAACACUUCGGGUUUGAAGACGGCGUUUCCCAACCUCAGCUGGACGGGUUAGACGACGAUGUGAAAGAGGGUGAACCUGCACUGGUUCCUCCAGGGAUCAUCAUCAAUGGCGAGCCAGGAUACCGUACCAAGCAGCCGGACUGGGCUACCGAUGGUAGCUUCUUCGUUUUCCGCAAGCUGCAACAGUAUGUUCCCGAGUUUCAGAAGUGGAUUGAUGAUACUGCACCUGAGCAUAAACUAAACAGCGACCAGCUUGGAGCACGCUUGAUGGGAAGAUGGAAGAGCGGUGCCCCCGUUUGUAUGACUCCGUGGAAUGAUGACCCGGGUCUUGCCAGGGCAAACAACUAUGAUUACAAGCCACUUGACAAACAGGAUAAGUGCCCAUUUGCGGCACACGCGCGCAAGUGCAAUCCGCGCGCCGAUCUCACCCACCCCGAACGAUUCGUUAUAAUGCGUCGGGGUAUUUCGUAUGGCGGCGAGGUGACGCAUAAAGAGUGGAAGGAUCAUAAAACAUCUGAGGAUCGCGGACUCCUUUUCAUGUGCUACCAGAGCAACAUUGCUAAUGGAUUCCGUAUGCAACAAGCGAGAUGGUGCAAUAUGGACACCUUCCCCGCCGACAAGGACGAGGAGACCGGAGAUCCAGGACCCGGCGUUGAUGCCAUCUGCGGCCAGCCCAAUCCACCAGACACUUUUGACGUCAGUCUUUGCGAUGGGGAUAGUAAAAACUGUCGCAUCAACCUGAAAGUCUGCGUGGUUCCGAGAGGUGGAGAGUAUUUCUUCACCCCAUCCAUCAAGGCACUUCAAAGCUUUACCAAGAAAUAA